AGUUUAGGUGUGCUAAUUCCCAUAACGUUUGUAAAGUAUUAAAUGUCAUUUUUUUGUCAACAUUAACACAUGUAAUGUAGGUUAUGUUAAAGUAUUUCCAUAUUUCAUAAGAUAAUUAAAAUAUCCGGUUUUAUAUAUCAUACCGCCUACCAUAAAGUGCCUUAUCAUAUAGUUAUUUUUAGCUGUAAAUGCGUGGAAAUUCCAAAACAGUACGAUUUAGAAGUUGACAGCUAUUUGGAUUUGGAACUAGCUAAUAUGUUGUGGAUAUUACACAAUGUCAACAGAUCUUAGUUCUGCUUCUGUUCCCCAAUUGUACCGACAAGUUUUUGAUGCUUGUUCCAAUGAUGGCCAACCAGUACUUCCUGAUGUUUAUCAAAGUUUACUCUUAAAAUGCAAACUCUCUUCUGCACAAAUCGAAAAAAUUUGUAAGAUAGUGGGAACUUCGGUAGGAGAUGUAAAUAGGACAAAUUUUUAUAAAACCCUUGCUUUGAUAGCUUGGUGUCAGCAAGGAAAACAAAUUUCAGAAAAACUAUUUGAAAAUUGCACAGAAAAAGAAUAUCCAAGUCCAGAGAUAACCGAUCUUGCUCAAAUUAAGAACAUGAAGAUAACACUUCACAAAAAAUCCCGCUCCGCCGAAUUUAAAUAUUCUAACAUAACGAAAAGAGAUUCUAUUAGCGUUCACCUAGUACCUGAAAAGAAAGGGUUAUUUAUAAAAUACUCAGAAUAUGUCGUUACGUCCGAACGAUUUAAGACUAAAGUUACCAGAAGAUAUAAUGAUUUUGUUGCAUUGAAAGAAUUGUUACUUAAUAGAUUUCCUUAUAGGUUAGUCCCUUCACUACCUCCUAAAAAAAUGGUUUCAGAUGCACAUUUUUUAGAAACGAGAAGAAGGGCUCUCCAAAGAUGGAUGACGUUAGUCAGUCGACAUCCCAUCAUAUCACAAGACUCGAUAGUGAUAUUCUUCCUUACAGAUCAAGGUCCCGAUUGCCAACAUAGGAUAAAAGAUAUUUUUGGUAGAAUUCCCGAUGAGUUCAUGACUUCCGAUGUUGCCGCUAAUGCGAAGGAACUCUUGCCACCUGAACACAGCCAAAUUGCCGUUAACUCCCAAAAUAUACGAACCUUGGUAAACGUCGUAGGUAAAAUGAAACAGUUAACAGAAGCAAACGUUGAAAGACAUAAUUCAGCGGGUAGAGAUUUCGAAGAGUUUAUCAAUCAGUUAAAGUCACUUAGCGCUCUUAACCUUGAUCCUGGCCAGGCUAACUUAGAAAAUUGGAGUGGCAUGCAAAAAGGAUUUAACGUCCUAUCUAGGGAAAUGGCGGCUUUAACCAACCGGUCCAGCCAUCAUGCUUACUUAGAACAGAAUGAUGUCUGCGAAAGGCUAGGACUUCUUUUAGAUAUCCUUGUGGCACACAAAGACUUGUGCGAACGAUUAGAAAAAGGCCUUCACCAUGAUCACGCUGUAGCUCUUUCGAAACUCCUCUCUAUGAAAAAACGAAAGAUACAGGGUGUUAUUAGAGGAACUGACGCAGAAAGUGUUGAACAUUUAGAGUCUAAAAUGCUAACUCAAGAAAAUGUUAUCACCAAUAUGGAGUUGCGUGCGGAUUUUAGUUUGUAUUGCGUAAAUAUGGAAACUCGGUUGGUGUACUCCUAUCUGGAAACACUUUCAGAUAUUAUGAGGAAUUUAUUGAAUCUCCAAAUUAAAUCUCAUUCUGAGCUUCAAGACAUUUGGACACGAAUUCAAAGUUUGGCUCAACAAUUCUUUCGAUGUGAUAACCAAAUAAACGGUGACAUUUUAAAUAAUAACUAGCUAUAGUGAUUAUAUGAUCAUUUUUAAAUAUGUGUAUUUUAUAAAAGAGAUUUUUGUAUAAAUUAUACCUAUAUUUAGAAGCAUAUUAGUU